CAGUCGGUUGUCUAACCCUAUUUUUUAGGACAUUAACGAUUUUUCAUCGUGUUUUUCCCCUUUUUACUAUCACUGUAUUUAAUCCCCUUCUGCAAUUCCAACAAAACCCUAAUCAGGGUUCUUGUAAUAACCAAUCGCCGCCCGAUUCAUCUCUUUUAUUUUCCUUCUAUAACCUCGCUUUUCUCUUACCUUACUGUUUCAACUGUUUUUCGUUUACAACACUUUUUCUCUUCUUCCAUGGAAAACAUUUUCCACAAAUUUUGUUUCUUUAAUUCCUGACAUCUUUUUAAUUUGACAUAUUUCAUCUUUUAAUCUUUAUUUCUUGCUUUGAUCAUGUGGGUAUUUAUUUUUAGUUGUUGCUCUGGUUCAAGUUUUGAUUUUUAUCCUUUCGGUCUGUAAAUAUGGGCUCCACUUGUUAUGUUCUUCAAAAAGCUUAAUUUUGUGAAUCUUUUGGGGUUAGAGCUUGAUUAUUUCAUCUGGGUAGUGAUUAUUUUCUAACUUUGUUGAAAAAAAAGGUUAUGAUCAGUUAGGUUUCUUAAUUAGAUAAUGUUAUCUGAAUUGGGGAGGAGACCGAUGAUAGGUGGAAACGAAGGUUCGUUUGGUGAUGAUUUGGAGAAGGAAAUAGGUUUAUUGCUUCGUGAACAGCGUAGUAGACAAGAGGCUGAUGAUCGUGAGCUCGAGCUUAACUUGUAUAGAAGUGGUUCAGCACCGCCAACUGUGGAGGGUUCUUUAAGUGCAGUUGGUGGCCUGUUUCGAGGUAGUUUUGGUACUAAUAACACAUCCUUCUCGGAGCUUUCUAGGGCUAAACUUGGAAAUAAUAAUAAUGGUUUCCCUUCCGAGGAGGAGCUUAGGUCUGAUCCAGAUUAUCUUUCAUAUUACUAUUCGAAUGUGAAUCUGAACCCCAGGCUUCCGCCUCCUUUGCUUUCUAAGGAGGAUUGGAGGUUGGCGCAGAGAUUGAGAGGAGAGAGUUCGGCAUCGGGUGGGAUGGGAGAUAGAAGGAAAGUGAAUAGAGGACGUGACAAUGGUGGCAAUGGCGCUAGGUCUUUGUUUUCUCAGCCACCUGGGUUCGAUUCAAGGAAACAAGAGAGUGAGCUGGAGCCUCAGAAGGUUCGUGGCUCUGCGGAUUGGGGUGGUGAUGGACUAAUUGGCUUGACGGGAAUAGGACUCGGGAACGAACAAAAGAGCCUUGCUGAAAUCUUUCAGGAUGACUUGGGGAGAGCUACACUUGGCGCAGGGAUUCCGUCACGUCCUGCUAGCCGUAAUGCAUUUGAUGAAAACCUUGAGACCAUCAAUACUGCUGAAGCUGAACUGGCUAAUUUGCAUUCUGGUGCAAAUGUUCAAGGCUCAUCGACUGUCCAGACUAUUGGCCUACCUUCUUCAUAUUCUUAUGCUGCUGCUCUAGGUGCUUCCUUGUCUAGAAGUACCACUCCUGAUCCCCAACUUGUAGCCAGAGCUCCUAGUCCUUGCCCAACCCCAAUUGGAGGAGGAAGAGUUAACACCUCAGAAAAGAGAGGCAUGACUAAUCCAAACUCAUUUUCUGGUGUCUCCUCUGGGAUGAAUGAGUCUCCAGAUCUGGUCGCUGCCUUGUCUGGCAUAAAUUUGUCAGCAAAUGGAGUGAUGGAUGAUGAAAUCCAACUGCCUCCACAGAUAGAACAGGAUGUUGAGAAUCACCGAAAUUAUUUGUUUGCUAUGCAGGAUGGUCAGAAUCAUAUCAAUCAACAGAAAUACUCUAAUAAAUCAGAAUCUGGGCAUUUACAUAUGCCUUCAGCCCAUCAAUCAGGCAAAAUGUCUUACUCUGAUUUGGGUAAGAGUAAUGGAGGUGGCUCAGACUUGAACAACUCAUCCUUAGUAGCUGAUAGGCAAGCUGAACUACAAAAUUCUGGUGUUCCUACUAAUAAUUUAUACAUGAAAGGAUCACCUACAUCCACUCUUAAUGGUGGAAAUGCUUUGCCUGCUCAGUAUCAGCACAUAGACGGUAUGCAAAACUAUGGAUUAAGUGGUUACUCCUUGAAUCCAUCUUUUGCCUCUGUCAUGGCUAGCCAACUUGGUGCUGGUAAUCUGCCUCCAUUAUAUGAAAAUGUUACAGCGGCAUCAGCUAUGGCAGUCCAUGGAAUGGAUUCAAGAGUGCUUGGAGGAGGCUUGGCUGCUGGACAAAAUCUUAAUACUGCAUCUGACUCGCACAAUCUCAGCAGACUUGGGAGUCAAAUGGCUGGGGGUGCUCUUCAGGCCCCUUUUGUUGACCCGAUGUAUCUCCAGUACUUGAGAACAUCUGAAUAUGCUGCUCAGCUUGCAGCUCUUAAUGAUCCCUCAGUGGAUAGGAACUUCCUUGGCAAUUCAUACAUGAAUCUACUUGAACUCCAGAAAGCUUAUCUUGGAGUUCUGCUGUCACCUCAGAAAUCACAGUAUGGCGUUCCAUUAGGUGCUAAGUCUGGUGGUUCUAAUCAUCAUGGCUAUAGUGGAAGUCCUGCAUUCAGGGUUGGUAUGUCCUAUCCUAGUAGUCCUUUGGCAAAUCCUAUUAUUGCAAACUCCCCAGUGGGACCUGGUAGUCCUAUCGGACACAAUGAGCCGAACUUGCGUUUUUCUGGGAUGAGGAACUUAGCUGGGGGGGUCAUGGCACCUUGGCAUUUGGAUGGUAGUAUGGAUGGUAGCUUUGGGUCUUCUUUGCUAGAAGAGUUCAAGAGCAACAAAGCAAAGUGUUUUGAACUUUCAGAAAUUGCAGGCUAUGUCGUUGAAUUCAGUGCGGAUCAGUAUGGGAGCCGAUUCAUUCAACAAAAACUUGAGACAGCCACAACAGAAGAGAAGAACAUGGUUUAUCAGGAAAUCAUGCCUCAAGCUCUUUCUUUGAUGACUGAUGUAUUUGGUAAUUAUGUCAUUCAGAAGUUUUUUGAGCAUGGGCUUGCAUCUCAGCGGAGAGAGCUUGCCAACAAGCUUUUUGGUCAUGUUUUAACCCUUUGCCUUCAAAUGUAUGGUUGCCGAGUGAUCCAGAAGGCCAUAGAAGUUGUUGAUCUGGAUCAGAAAAUCAAAAUGGUUGGAGAGCUUGAUGGUCAUGUGAUGCGUUGUGUGCGUGACCAGAAUGGGAACCAUGUCAUCCAGAAGUGUAUUGAAUGUGUUCCUGAAGAGAAUAUUCAAUUUAUUGUCGCAACAGUCUUUGAUCAAGUUGUUGCCCUUUCAACCCACCCUUAUGGGUGUCGUGUGGUACAGAGAAUUCUGGAGCACUGCAAGGACCCCAAAACACAAAGUAAGGUUAUGGAUGAGAUCUUAGGAAAUGUCAGCAACUUGGCACAGGAUCAAUAUGGCAAUUAUGUUGUUCAGCAUGUCCUGGAGCAUGGCAAGUCACACGAGCGUUCUAUUAUAAUUGAGGAAUUAGCUGGGAAGAUAGUUGAAAUGAGUCAGCAGAAAUUUGCUUCCAAUGUUGUUGAGAAGUGUUUAACUUUCGGUGGCCCUACUGAACGUCAAUUACUGGUGAAUGAGAUGCUUGGCUCUACUGAUGAAAAUGAGCCUCUUCAGGCAAUGAUGAAAGAUCAGUUUGCAAACUAUGUUGUACAAAAAGUUUUGGAGACUUGUGAUGACCAUCAGCGCGAGCUGAUCCUUUCGCGAAUUAAAGUUCAUUUGAAUGCUUUAAAGAAGUACACAUAUGGAAAGCAUAUUGUUGCACGUGUAGAAAAACUCGUUGCUGCUGGGGAAAGGAGAAUUGCUGCUCAGUCUCCACACCCUGCUUAAGUGGCAUAGUAAAGAAAGAUGAUUGUACAGCUAACUGAGGCUAGUAUGAGCUUCCUCUUUUCCUUUCUUCCUUCUGGUAUUUAGAACUAUGACUCUUACCCAUCUUUUAAAGAAGGGUGGAUACAAGUCAAUCAGAAAUAAAGUUGUUGGUUGUACUUGAAACUGUACAUUAUGUAGUUUAUGGUUUAUACAUAAGAGUCGAGCAAGCUGAGGUUCAGAUGUUGAGUGUGCCUGAUGCCCCUGUAGAGGAGAUAAAAAUGACAUAUACAGGUUUUGAAGGGUGUAAAAAUGAUAAAAUGUUGUUGAGGUAGUUUAAGUUUAUAUUAUAACAUGACUGUAAAAAAAUGUUGCCAUGUGGAGAGCUGUUGAUGUGUAGUUGAGGCGGAAUAGUUUUUAUUGUAUGGUUAAUGACUUCUCUCUUUCUUUUCCCUCGAAAA